UUUAAAAUUUGAGAGAGAAAGUACUCUUAACACUUGUAAUUAAAUCACCAUGCUUUUAAAUUCAUGGCAGAUAUAGAAGAGGAAACUCUGGUUAUCGGCAUCCCUAGAUCUCAGCGGCGCAGGCUGCACAAAGUGCCGGUGCAAGUGCGACGGGACAGGAAGCACAUUUAUGAGCCAGCAGUUGUUUCCAUCGGCCCUUACCACCACCGGAGGGAUGAUCAACAAUUGGAGCUGAUGGAACCAUUCAAGGACGAGCUACGAGAUAUUGUUUGCGGAGGCGCUGACCGAAAAAGCUCCGUUCUAAGCAACAUCUACGAGCGGAUAGAUGAAAAUCCGUCAUUUCUAUGGCGGAGCAGAUGGCUACACCGACGAGGAAUUGGAUGAAAUGAUGCUUUGUUCCUCAUAUGCUAUAUGCAUCGACUAGGUAUGGGUGGGGCAAGAACUGAAUCCUGGAUGCAUGAACGCAUGGGAAUGUCUGCUAUGUUGUCCGUGCAUCGUGAUAUGCAUAUGCUGGAGAAUCAGAUUCCCCUUAAUCCUCCCCCAACACUACCAUUCAUUGUUGUGCCAGUACUUGAGCAUCGCUUUUUAUGGGGAUUACAAUAUGACACAACUCCCAUGGACAGAAGAAGAAGAGCCUCUUCACCUACUCGAAGCUUUGCGCCGCACCUCCCUUCGCCUCGUUCAGACCCAACAAAAUUCAACUCUCUUUUGGCAGCUUAUCAAGAAAUAUAAUCAAUCGUCGAAGAAACUCACACCACCUUUCCGGUCGGUGACUGAUCUGAUAGCAAAUGUUGCAAGUGUGUUGCCAGUGUUUGACAGUCCUUUUCGGUCGGUGACAGAUCUGAUAGCAAAGGGUAUUCAUCUCCGGAAGAGUUCACAUUGUUUGACCGACAUCAGCUUCUUCUCCUACGGCCUGUUCGCUCAACUCCACCUUCCUUUCUUCUUUGUCAGCGACGAAAGCAAAGUGUUCUUCUCCAAUCUUAUUGCAUUCGAAAUGUCGCCUGUGACAGCCACAGACUACGGCGUGACAUCUUACUUUAAUUUCAUGAAAACGUUAAUCAACAAUGCUAAAGACGUAAAGGUGCUGCGAGAGAAAGGCAUACUGAUCAGCGCGUUGGCAAGCGAUGAACAGAUGAGGAUUAAUGAGCACUGCAAGACAUGGAUGGCCGACCUCUUCAAUACCAAUUUUCAGAGCCCAUGGACUGUUAUGGCUCUUCUUGCCGCCACAUUUCUGCUUUGCCUCACUUUUCUACAAACUUACUACACAAUCAAUCCACGCAACUAAACAAUUCCACUUGAUUCCACCUUCUGUUCUAUGUAUGUUAAUUGCUUGUACUUGAUUAUUCUACCUUGUGCAUUAUGUAUGUCUUUUAGGUUAUUGUUUGUAAUGUAAGUUACUAUGUUGAAAAUAAAUGUGGA